AUGACUUCGAGAAACAUCAGUGAAUCGCAAAAUACAUUGCGUUUCUUAAAUGUAGUUGAAGAAGAAUCACUCGAGAUGAUUUCACCCAUUGAAGAUUAUGAAAGCGCGCCACUCGUUUCUCUUCAUCAAGCUAUUCUCCCACUCACUUCAAUUGUACCCGAAAUCGAACGCAUGGUUCAAAUAAUAAACACCAAUUGUGGCGAAUUGAAGGAUGGUUUGAGCCGAGAUGAAUCAAAUUCUAUUCGAUUAUAUACAUUCGAAUGGCAACCUUUACGAAGCUCUGUACAACAUCUUCUGAACAAAACACUUCGUUCUGGCGAUAGACAGCAAUUAAGACCAUGGCAUCUUUUCUUGCGACUUCUUCUAACAGCUCUAUUACAUUUGCCGUCCACUCCUCUUAUUGUUUUUCGAAGUGCCAACAUGGAUUUGUCAAGUAAAUAUGUAGUUGGGAAAACUAUCACAUGGUGCGGAUUUUCGUCCUGUGUAAAAAGAACGAAUCAUGAGAUAGACAAACAUCUUCAUCUCAACUGGGCUGGGAGAAAAACGUUGUUUCUCGUUAAAUGCUACUCGGGAAAAGACAUUCAUCGACAUUCCAUGCACGACAAUGACAACGAGGUGUUGCUGCCUCCUGCUCGUCGAUUCAAUGUUGUAAGUUCCAAAGGAAGAGGAAAAGGAGUUUGCGUGAUCGAGUUAAAUGAAAUUGAACCAGCAUGUUCGAUUCGUAAUGUUCAAUUUUCACCAGUUUCACCAGUUUCCUUAUCAAGAAAAUCUCUUCCAGCUGCAUUGCCAAAUCGCAAGUUAGAAGAGCACCUGGCAAGUUACCAUUCAAGAAAUGCAGAAAUUGAUUUAAAAUCAAUGCGAUUAACAGAUGUAGACAUGGACAUCAUAGUCAGUGAAUGUAUUAUCAAGAGACAAUGUUCAGACCUGAUCUUAUCAGACAACAAAUUUACAUCCAAUGGUAUCGUAACACUUUCCCUUUCACUUCGUAAGAACGUGUCACUUAUGAAACUUGAUCUCUCCGAUAACAAAAUAGCUGGUGACGGAGCUCACUCAUUGUGCGAAGCUUUACGAACAAAUACAACGCUCACUGUACUCCAUCUCUCCAAUAACCAAAUAGGUAACAAAGGAGUUGAAAGAUUGAGUAUAGUCUUAAAAACAAACACAGCACUUGCUAUUCUUGAUCUCUCUAAAAACUCAAUAACCAAUAGCGGAGCUCAGACGUUGAGUGAAGCUCUUACAUCGAACACAGGACUUGCUAUUCUCAACCUUUCUAACAACUCAAUAUCGAGUACCGGGAUUCGAUCAUUGAGUGACGCUCUCUUAUUUAACAAGACACUUCUUGAUCUUGAUCUCUCCAGAAACUCAGUAGCCGACAACGGAGUUCAGGCAUUGAGAGAAGCGCUUUCAUUAAAUACGGAACUUGGUUCCUUGAGCCUUUCCAGAAACUCAAUAACGGAUGAUGGAGCUCAAAUGUUGAGUGAAGUUUUACGAACAAACGUUAAACUUACGAUUCUCAAUCUCUCCCAAAACUUAAUAACGGAUCACGGAGCUCAGGCAUUAGCUAAAGGUCUAAGAUUAAAUACAGUACUGAAUACUCUCGAUCUCUCCGGAAACUCUAUAACAGAUAGCGGAGCUCAAGCAUUGAGCGAAACUCUAGAAACGAACACGACACUCACUAAACUCGAUCUCUCCGGCAACUUGAUUGUUGAUGAGGGGAUUCAAGCACUUAAAGACACUUUGCGAAGAAACACGAAGCUUACUAUACUCUAUGAAUUGAAUUACCAAAGAGCAGAUCCUGAAGGGAUACAGGCAUUGAACAAAGCAUUCUACAACAAACUAUUUUCGUAA